CGCAAAGUCAGUGAGCGAAGUGAGUGGAGCGAGUGGACCCGCGAAAGUGCCUCUGCUGGCACCAGCAUUUGUGGCCCGUGGAAGACACCGGAGGGCUUUUUCAGCGCACCAGGUGCAACAUUUUUGCAGCGUUGGUGGUGCAGAGCUGUUGCCAACACGCCUCUGUUACAUCCUGGUGGGAUUGCUGAUGACCUGCUGGAUGCCUCAUCAGCUCCAGUUUAAAUUUGGCUCUUUCUUCUCGCUCUUUCCCCCCUCUUUGUGAACCUGAGUCCCCCGCUCAUGUUUGCUGCUCAAAUCCAAUGAGGGAAACAAUACAGUAGCUGGCAAAGGAUGAAGCCGGCCUUUCUGCAGGCUCCAGACAGAGGAUAGUUGAUACAAAAGGACGAGCAGACAGGAGACAAGGGAGGGAGAGGCGAGCCACAGCUACGCUGUGGGAGAGCAAACAACAACAUUCAAGAUGCCACAGUGAAGGAGGAACAAAAUUGUCGCAUAGGUGUCAUAACUCUGCAAAGAUGCUUCCUUGCGGGCUGUGAACGGUAACAGUACUCUUUGGAACAGAGACGUGUCAAGACAAACACUCUUUUACUAUUGGGGCGACAGGUUAACACUUGCUAUGCCUCUGUAAGAACACUGAGUCAUGCCAACCAAGGGGAAGUAUCUGUUGAACGACCAGGAGCUAAAAAAUGAAGCACUGUACCGGAAAUUCUCCUGCAUCAGCCAGUACCAGCCGCUGGUCCUGUUGCUCGGCCUUUCCAUGCUCACCUGUGGAGUUCUCCUCAUUCUCUUCUUUGCUCUACAACUGAAAGCAGAGAAGCACUGUGCCUUCGUCAGCGUGGUGAGCGGCAGUCUGUGCGUGUUCCUGGCGGUUUUCGUGUUGGUCUGUACAGAGAUGCUUUCGCAGCGAUGGCGGCAUGUUCUCGGCCUUAUUGUCUGGGCCACUCACCUCACCAUGGGCUACACUUUCAUCUUCAGCGGGCCCAUCAUUCGGCCUUGGGACCAGGUGCCUUUCUUCCUCUUCAUCAUCUUUACAGUGUACACCAUGCUGCCAUUCCAGCUGUGGUAUGCUGUGGUACUCGGUGUCAUCACCUCACUGUCCCACAUCUUGGUACUCACACUGCGCCUCACUGUCAACGUCCCCGAAGCCACUCCUGGUCUUGCAAGCCAGUUGCUGUCCAACGCAGUGGUGUUUCUCUGUGGAAACGUUGUGGGAGCCUUUCAUAAAGUCCUGAUGGAGAAAACCUUGAGGCAGACUUUUCAAGACACACUGAGGUGCCUGAGCAUGAGGAUGAAGCUGGAGAUCGAGAAGAGGCAGCAGGAGAAUCUUCUUCAGUCAGUGCUGCCUGUUUACAUCUCCAUGAAGAUGAAGCUGGCCAUCAUGGAAAGGUUGCAAGACUGCAAAGAUAAAGAAGAGCAGCAGCGGCUGGUCAAAGACAACAACUUCCACAGUCUCUACGUCAAGAGGCACGAAAAUGUCAGUAUUCUUUACGCCGACAUUGUGGGAUUCACCCAGUUGGCCAGUGAGUGUUCGCCAAAGGAGCUGGUGAUCAUGUUGAACGAGUUAUUUGGAAAGUUCGAUCAGAUUGCCAAGGAAAACGAGUGCAUGCGGAUCAAGAUUCUUGGCGACUGUUACUACUGUGUAUCUGGUCUGCCUGUGUCUCUGCCAAAACAUGCCAAGAACUGUGUCAAAAUGGGUUUGGACAUGUGUGAAGCCAUCAAACAAGUGCGGGAUGCGACUGGAGUGGACAUCAACAUGAGGGUGGGAGUUCAUUCCGGAAAUGUUCUGUGUGGCGUGAUCGGCCUGCGCAAGUGGCAGUUUGAUGUCUGGUCACAUGACGUUACGCUGGCCAAUCACAUGGAGUCAGGAGGGCUGCCAGGUCGUGUUCACAUCACGGAGGCAACUCUGAAACACUUGAACAAAGCAUAUGAGGUGGAAGAAGGCAAUGGUCACCUGAGAGACCCCUAUCUCAAGGAGCUGAACGUCACUACCUACCUUGUGAUCGAUCCUCGUUCCAAGGAUCCAUCGUUGAGGAGCCGCGCAGCUCCCAGACCCCGUGUGAACGAUGGUCUAAAGAUGAGAGCCUCUGUUCGAAUGACCCGCUAUCUAGAAUCCUGGGGGGCUGUCAAACCUUUUGCCCACCUCCAGAGCCGAGAAGGCUUCCCAUCAGACUCCAAGUCCCACUGCAAGGACAUCCCCUUGCGACCGACGCCGGGCGCCAAUAUCACUGAAAGCUUUGAAUCUCUUGAAGAGCGGUUGUCGUUGCCUUCCCCUCCAUUCAGCAGCUAUAAGAACAAAUCCCAGAAGAGUAGGUUUGAUGAGGAGCUGCACAAUGAGAUGACCACGACCAUCGACGAGCUCAGCAACAAGCAGUGGUCUAAGUCUGAGGAGAGUGGCAGUUUGUCUUUGUGUUUUCCAAAAAAAGACCUUGAAAAACAAUACCGAGCCCUGGAUCUGCCCAUGUUCAAACACUAUGUCGGCUGUGCCACGUUCAUCUUCUCCUGCAUCUUUUUAGUUCAGAUGUUUGUCACCAAAGAUCCACAGAUGUUGGGAAUCUCAUUUGCAGUGCUGGCCUGCGUCCUGCUGUUGACUCUGGUCAUCUGUUUCGCAGGUCACCUCCAGCGACUGUUCCCAGAGAAGCUGUCCAGCUGCCAGUGGCUGCCAGCGGUGUCUGAGGCGGUGGUGAAGAGGCCGUGUGUGCGCCUCCCUCUGGCCACCAUCACCACUGCGGUCAUCGUCGUCUUGGCGGUCUUCAACUUGUGCUUCGUCCAGACAAGUAACGCACAUCAUUCCUGUCCUGGCCUGGACGUGCGUCACCCCAAUGAUUCCCAGGUGCCUGUGUCAGAGGGAGACCUCUUCUACCUUCCUUACUCGGUGUACUGCUGCAUCUUAUCGCUGGUCGCCUGCGGAGUCUUUCUGCGCCUGAGCUUCGAGCUGAAGGUGCUCUUCCUCACGGUGGCCUCCAUAGCGUAUUACAUCAUCAUCCUCAUCUGCAACAAGGCGCUAUUUGUUGCCUAUGAAAGCGUCCUCUAUUGCCAGAUGACAAACAACAGCAGUGCCAACGGUGAGCUCAUCCUCGAACACAUUGGCCUGGUGAAGCAUCCACAAGUGAUGAGCUGCAUCUACAUCACCUUGUUCUUGGUCACCAUGCUCAUCAUCUCCAAACAGAAUGAGUCGUGCUUCCGCCAGGACUUCCUGCUGAAGUACAAGAACCACACCGAGCAGGACGAGAUCGAGACCAGGGAGAACCUGAACCGCCUGCUGCUGGAGAACGUGCUGCCGGCUCAUGUCGCUGCGCUGUUUGUGGGGGAGAAUAAGAAAAAUGAGGAUCUCUACUACAAAUCCUAUGACUGCGUGUGCGUGAUGUUUGCCUCCGUGCCUGAUUUCAAAGAGUUCUACACGGAGUGCGACAUCAACAAGGAGGGGCUGGAGUGCCUGAGGCUCCUCAACGAGAUCAUCGCCGACUUUGAUGAGCUGCUGUCCAAGCCCAAGUUCAGCGGCGUGGAGAAGAUCAAGACCAUCGGCAGCACCUACAUGGCAGCUGCCGGCCUCAGCGGCACUCUGGGCCAGGAGAACAACCAGGACCUGGAGCGUCAGCAGGCUCAGAUUGGCAACAUGGUGGAGUUUGCCAUCGCUCUGAUAGGCAAGCUGGACGGCAUCAACAGGCAUUCCUUCAACAGCUUCAGGCUCCGAGUGGGAAUCAAUCACGGCCCAGUCAUCGCCGGAGUCAUCGGAGCCAGGAAGCCACAGUAUGACAUCUGGGGGAACACGGUCAACGUGGCCAGCAGGAUGGAGAGCACAGGGGAGCUCGGCAAGAUCCAGGUGACCAAGGAGACGUCGGACGUCCUGAAGAACGUGGGCUACUCGUGCGAGUGUCGCGGCUUCAUCAACGUGAAAGGCAAAGGAGAACUCAAGACCUUCUUCGUGUGCACGGACAUGAGCAAGCAGCAGGGGAUGGGUCUGAGCUGAAGUGGCCGGUCAUGGCAGACGGCACUGUGACACAGCGGACCUCCUGCGACGCUGCUGACUGACACCAGUCCGGGGACAGAGUCUGGUUCUGUGCUGGACGUCACAGCCUGAAGGCAUGUGGCAGUGAGUUUGUGUUGGUCAGUACAAUCGCUUCUCCUUAGUGCUCACGUUUGUACAUUUCCCUCUGAAUUUAGAUGCUUCAGUGUAAGAUACUAGUGUGAGGUCGGACACAAGCAGUUUUAAAACCCAGCUCUGGUCGGAUCAUUUGGCUCUCUGUGCCUCUGAACGCUCUCACCUCCGCCUCCUGUUACCAUGGAAACAUCCACUUGUGAACCAACAGUCAGUAAACAAUAAAUGUUCUCAACAGGAAGUACAAGAU